AUGAUUCGUACAUGUGUUGGAUGCCGAGACACGGUUAGAAGCGGCGACGGGUACAUUGUUUGCGCGACGUGUAAACAAUAUUACCACAGCUUAUGCGUUAAUAUCUCUGAUAUUGAACUGAAUGGGAUGGCUGCAGAAUUAAAAAUGGAUUGGCUGUGUCCGGAUUGCGUCUGUAGACGGCCUCGAGGUGAUAACUCCAACACGCCGAUCCGAGGAUCGCCUUCGACGGCGUCAAUUCCUACUAAUGUGACUAUGAGGCGUAGGCCAGCAGAACAUCCGCAGGUGGAUGAGCACAUUGACUGCGUUUCUCGCUCUGAGAUACGUAUUAUAAUAAAUGAAAUAGUAAAGGAAUACACAAACAAUAUAACCAGACAAUUGAACUUAAUUCACGCGGAUAUUUACAGCUUCAAGGAGUCCUUAACGUUUUUCAAUGAGCAUUUCGAGAAAAUUAAAGCCGACUUAAACACUCAAACGUCCGAAGUUCGACAGUUGAAGGAAGAAAACACAAAACUCCGUGCAGAGGUCAAUAGUCUUACUUCCCGUGUCAUUCUAAUUGACCAGAUCUCCCGCUCGGCUAAUUUGGAAUUGCAAUGUGUCCCAGAACAUAAAAACGAAAAUGUGAUGAAUGUUGUUCAGCAACUCGGUCGCGCUGUUAACUGCCCAGUUGGCGAAAGUGACAUCUCCCACUGCACUCGUAUAGCUAAGAUGAACCAGCAAUCAUCUAGACCCCGAGCUAUCUUGAUUCGUCUUGCCAGUCCACGUCUUCGUGAUAAGUUACUGGCGGCUGCGAUGGAAUAUAACAAGAAAAAUCAUUAA